UCUGUGUGUGUUCGUAACCGAACUCAGUUCUGUUCUUUUUUCUUUUUCUCGUUCUUCUCUCCUUUUCUCUCUCUACUACAUCUUCUCCCCGCCAACAACCACCGCCGAGUAAAGCCUCGCCGAUCUUCCGAUCCCAAUUCGUCUUAGUUUAUGAGCUCCAAGGAGAAACCCACUCUCGGUGGCACGCGGAUUAAGACCCGCAAACGGAACAUUGCGGCGCCUCUGGACCCUGCAGCAUUUGCUGAUGCAGUGGUCCAGAUUUACUUGGAUAAUGCUGGUGAUUUGGAACUUAUUGCAAAAAGCAUUGAAUCUUCUGACCUCAACUUCUCAAGAUACGGCGACACAUUUUUUGAGGUUAUUUUCACUGGGGGCCGCACACAACCUGGAACUACCAAGCCUGAUGAGGGGGAACGCCAUCCUUAUUCCAUAAUAGAGUAUGAGGCAAAACGUGAGGUCAUUUUACCAUCUGUGAUCUACAUACAGAAAGUUUUGCGUAGAAGGCCAUUUCUCAUCAAGAACCUUGAAAAUGUCAUGCGAAGAUUCCUACAGUCCUUGGAGCUUUUUGAGGAAAAUGAGAGGAAAAAGUUGGCAAUUUUCACAGCACUUGCUUUUUCCCAGAAGUUAUCUGGUCUCCCACCAGAGACUGUGUUCCAACCACUUCUUAAAGAUAACCUUGUUGCCAAAGGGCUAGUUCUGACAUUUAUAACGGACUUCUUUAAGGUGUAUUUGAAUGACAACAGCCUCGAUGAUCUUAUUUCAAUCCUGAAACGUGGGAAAAUAGAGGACAAUCUUUUGGUCUUUUUCCCCCCUGCAAAAAGAACUAACCAGUCUUUUUCUGAGCAUUUCAGCAAGGAAGGACUCACUGCCUUGGUAGAGUAUAAUGAAAAGAAAAUAUUUGAGGUGACACUGAAGGAAAUGAAGUCUGUUUUAACAACACAGAUAACAGAGGAGGCUGAUAUAUCUGAAGUUAUUGAGACUGUGAAGCUUCGGGUUAGAGAUGCUAAGUUGCCAGAAACUGAGAUUGUGCGGAUCUUAUGGGAUGUUUUAAUGGAUGCUGUUCAGUGGUCUGGUAAAAAUCAGCAACAGAAUGCAAAUGCUGCCCUGCGCAAGGUAAAAACUUGGGCAGAACUGUUGAAUACUUUCUGCACCAGUGGAAAACUUGAGCUGGAACUGAUGUACAAAGUACAGAUGCAAUGCUAUGAGGAUGCUAAACUGAUGAAACUGUUCCCUGAGAUUAUUAGAUCUCUCUAUGACCAAGAUGUGCUGGCUGAAGAUACCAUUCUUCAUUGGUUCCGUAAAGGAACAAACCCCAAAGGAAGGCAAACCUUUGUGAAGGCACUGGAACCCUUUGUUAAUUGGCUGGAAGAGGCUGAAGAAGAGGAGUGAAUGUGACUGAGGUUUAGGGCCAGAGAUAGUGCACUGUCUUUAGCUCAUGUACUAUUACCUAUCCUCUUUCUUAGAUAUUGACUCAAAUUCUCAUAAAUUUGAUGUGCCUGGUACUAAUAAUCUAUUUCCUUGUAGACUUUGUUCACACCAUCUGUCAUGCCCUCAUGUAUCGUGGUGCUUGCAUUUUUUCGAUACAUGUGAGGAUUAUGUUACAUGGAUGUAUUACUGUAUUUCGAGUGUUCACCCUUCAUAAUGGCUUUUUACUUUUAGUGACAUA